CCAAUGGAAAUCUUUUGCGUCUGAACCGUUGCUUCCGGGUGUCUUCAAUGAAGAAAUCUCUUUGCAUUUGAUGCUUUUUGUAUUUUCUAAGGUAAGCUAAAGGGUGAGGUUUAGAAAAUGAACAGAAUAUUCGGACGAGGAAAACCCAAAGCGCCUCCUCCGAACCUGUCGGACUGUAUCGGCACUGUGGAUGCGAGGGCUGAGUCCAUUGAAAAGAAAAUUGGCAGGCUAGAUGCGGAACUCUUGAAGUACAAGGAUCAGCUGAAAAAGAUGAGAGAUGGGCCCUCAAAGAACAUGGUGAAACAGAAGGCAAUGAGAGUCCUGAAGCAGAAGAGAAUGUAUGAAGGUCAAAGGGAGCAGCUGGCUCAACAAUCCUUUAACAUGGAGCAGGCAAACUACACGAUCCAGACAUUAAAGGAUACCAAAACAACAGUGGAGGCCAUGAAGAUUGGUGCCAAGGAAAUGAAAAAGGCUUACAAGGACGUCAGACUUGAUCAGAUUGAUGAUUUACAGGACCAGCUGGAGGACAUGAUGGAUGAAGCCAAUGAGGUACAAGAAGCCCUGAGCCGCAGCUAUGGCACUCCAGACAUCGAUGAGGAGGAUCUUGAAGCAGAGCUGGAUGCACUGGGUGAUGAGCUGCUGCUGGAUGAUGACACCUCCUACCUGGAUGAGGCCUCAGCUGCCCCGUCUAUCCCUGAGGGAAUCCCCAGUGACAGCAAGACAAAUAAGGAUGGUGUGCUCGUGGAUGAGUUCGGCCUCCCUCAGAUUCCUGCCACAUAAACAAGAAGUAAAUAAAAACAGCUGCACUCGAACUGAAAACACUUUUAUAUGUAGA